AUGUUGAAAAAAAGUAUGGUUUUAAAUUACCAAGUACACCGACGUAUGUCUGAUUUUGUAACCCAAUAUAAUGAAAAUUAUAUACCAACCACACCGCUCCAAAAGUUAUUAUUAUCAAUCGGUUCUGCAACUGUUUCAUUGUUAGAUCCUCGAAGAGCAGAUAUGAUUGCCACUAUGGGAGAAACUACUGGAACAUCUGCUUUGAAAUAUAUGAGAGAUAAAAUGAUUAAUAAUCCUGAAGGCAACGAAAUAUUACAGUUACAACCACAAAUUAACACUUCAACAGUUGAUCUUGGAAAAUUAAAACAUAUGCCAGAAAAUACUCUCGGAUAUGCUUACUUUAAAUUUUUGGAUCAUAAUAAAGUAACACCAGAUUCCCGAGGAUCAGUACAAUUCAUUGAUGACAUUCAAUUAGCAUAUGUGAUGCAGCGAUACAGAGAAGUACAUGAUUUAUUUCAUACAGUGUUGGGAAUGCCUACAAAUAUGUUAGGUAAUAUGUUGUUUUCUAAUUUAUUAAAUACUAGCUGA